AUGGGAAAUAAAGAAACCCUCAAGGAGGAAGCCUUCUUGGGGAGCACGGAAGAAGGAGCUGAUUUUGAUCAAGCCAUGUGCCCUAUGAUGGAGACCUUCGAAAUCAAUGAUCCAACACCCAAGAAGAGAAAUGGGGGGACCAUUUGCAUGGCAGUCAUGGCCAUCUACCUGAUCCUGCUCACAGCAGGUACCACCCUGCUGUUCAUUCAAGCUCUCAAUCUGCAGAAGCGGCUCCAGAUGCUGGAGAUGUGCUUAGACAAUGGAACCCUGGCUGCUGAGGACAGGCCAUUCUUCUCGAUGCAGCUGGCACAUCCCAAAACCCACCCAGUACCAGGAGCACUGGGGUUGCAGGCCCUGCAGGCCCAGCUCAUUCGGGUCCGCACCAGUCAGGAGCAACUGCUUCACAACCUCACUCGGAAUCCAGAGCUGUUCCGGAUUAAGGGUGAACGAGGCUCCCCAGGGCCAAAAGGGGCCCCAGGUGUGCCUGGGAUCCCUGGCCUGCCUGGGCCACCUGCCCAGAAGGGAGCAAUGGGGGGUUGGGGGUCCGCGAUGGAACCCCAGGGUGUCCAAGGACCCCGGGGCCCACCAGGCGUCAAGGGAGAGGCAGGCCUCCAGGGACUUCCGGGUGCACCAGGGAAGCAAGGAGCAACUGGUGUCCCAGGACCUCAAGGAGAGAAGGGCAGGAAAGGUGACAAAGGUCUCACUGGCCCCAAGGGGGAACACGGCACCAAGGGUGACAAAGGGGACCUAGGCCUUCCAGGAAGCAAAGGGGACAUGGGCAUGAAGGGAGACACAGGGGUCAUGGGUCUCCCCGGAAUACAGGGAGAUAAAGGCGACCCUGGGAAACCAGGCCUACCAGGUUUGGCUGGGUCUCCUGGAGCCAAAGGUGAUCAAGGACCACCUGGAGCACCGGGUGCGCCAGGCCUUUCUGGUGCAGCAGGAUCUUCAGGUGCCAAGGGUGAGCCAGGCCGCACUGGUCCUCCUGGGCCACAAGGACCUCCAGGGAUCCCCGGGAGUCCAGGGGCUACAGGUGUGAAGGGAAGCAAGGGAGACACAGGAAUUCAAGGACAGAAAGGCACAAAAGGAGAAUCAGGAGUCCCAGGCCUUGCAGGCAGAAAGGGAGACACUGGAAACCCUGGGCUGGUAGGCCCCAAAGGAGAACCUGGACGGCCCGGGCUGAAGGGAGAUGCUGGCAUGAAAGGGUCUCCCGGCCAGCCAGGACAAACGGGAGAAAAGGGUCAGAAAGGCGAAUCCUUCCUAAUGGUCCGGAUUGCGAGUGGCACCAAUCGAGGCCGAGCUGAAGUUUACUAUAACAAUGUCUGGGGCACAAUUUGUGAUGAUGGUUGGGAUAAUAACGACGCCACCGUCUUCUGCCGCAUGCUCGGUUACUCCAGCGGUAAAGGUCUCUCCCGUUUCGGAGGUGGCUCUGGGAAUAUCUGGCUGGAUGAUGUAAGUUGCCUGGGGACAGAGAGCAGUUUGUGGAGCUGCAGGAAGAACACCUGGGGUUCUCACAACUGCAACCAUGACGAAGAUGCUGGCGUGGAAUGCCGCUGACUUGGGCAGAGGUCACCGCUGUGGCCCCAGCUGUCUUCAGACUCCGCCCACAUGGAGAUCUGUGGGCUCCCUAA